AUACUUACCUGCAAUCCUUAUUGAAAGAAACCCGAAGCUUUAAUGAGCCUUUAAUAAGAUCGCUUCUCUCAGUGCGUUGUAUUCUGUCAGUGGGGGCCAGCACUUGACAUGAUUGUAUGUCUGUCUGACUAGUUCCUCGUGUUCAAUCCUAGAAUGAGAAAAGUUGGCGUUAAACUGGACAAUUAAAUGACCAAAAAUGACCUCAGGGCGUAUUCACGACGACGUGGUCGACGGUGACCGCCCCUUCACAGACAGAACGUUUCAAGCUAGAGUGAAACAGUUUAACCUCUUCAUCCAGUCACUGACCCAUCAAUUUGACCAAUCAGUUGAGGAGGAAUCAAGACAGUGGAUUAAUGAGACUUAUCGGUUUGAUCAAUUUUGUGCCAGACUUAAGGAUCUCUUCGGUUCUGAUCUACAGAAACAUGACUUGAGAACUUUGUACAAGAAAAUAUCCAACAAUCCAGGGGCUAGGGUGGACUGGAGUGAGAUUUUUGGUUUCAACUCUGCCUCCAUGACAACAGAAGGAUCUGUUGGUGACGACAUCUCAGUGUUCCAGGUGUCUGCACGACGUAAAGUUGGGGAAGCAGCCGGUGAUAAAUUAAGACGAGAUACAAUUCAACAGAUUAAAUACAUUCCAUACCUGGAUUCUUACCUGUCAUGUUCCCUUAAAGGUACUCUAGCUGUUUGGUCUAAUCAGCUUCGAUUACAGUCUUGUCUAGACAUCCAUGAGCCAGUCUGGACAACAAGUUGUGACUAUUUACCAGCUCUAAGACGUGUACUGUGUUCCACAGAGAGAAGUUUACUUUUAUGGGACAACAGAGCGAAUGGCAAUGCUCAGAGUCUGUUUAUGAUCAAACCUUUAGAAGACUCCCCACAAAGUAUCACCAUCAUACCUUCCACUGAGGAUGUUCUGGAAGACAGAGUUCUCUAUGGAGAUGACCAAGGCUAUGUCAGCCUGCUGACCAUUCUACCACAGGAUCUAGCCAUCAAGCAUUCAAAAGACAGGAAGACAGAUGUGUCUGAGAGUCAAACAAUUGACCCAAAAAACUUAACCAAAGAAAUAAUUAGGAGACAAGUUCACAGUGACUCAAUAAUAAAGGUGAAAUAUUUCCCAACAUUGAAAAGUUUGGGUUCCUGUUCAGCCAGCAGUAGCACCUCCUUCGCUCUGGAAAGUGUUGACAGAAUAUUUUACCAAAAUAAAGAGCCUAGAUGUGUCUCUAUCAGGAAAGGUGUGAAUUGUUUUGACCUGUGUGUCCGAGCUAACAUUAUUGCCACAGGUGGAGUGGACAAGAUCAUACGACUUUGGCAUCCUCACAUUUUCUCAAGACCUUCAGGAAAGCUAAUUGGUCACUUGUUUACUAUAUCUGACAUUGCCAUAAAUGAGGCUGACCAACAUAUUAUAAGUUUAUCUACUGCUAGAGUCUUUAGGAUAUGGGACAUUCACACUCUGACCUGUCUUCAGGUUUUCACAGACAAUGAAGAAAGAUCUGGUGACAGAAGAAUUUAUUCUAUUACAUAUGAUAAUAAAAAUGAGCGCCUACUUUCAGGAUCUAGUGUUGUGGACAGCUGGCCAUUAGCGCGCACAAUCAAAGACUCUCCCCCUGUCCCACUGUCACAUGAUCGGCCUAUAGUUCAAAUGUUAAUCAAUAAGGAAGCCAAUCAAAUUGUUUCUGUUUGUUCACAUCCAAUCAUCAAGGUGUGGGAAAUUGAAACUGGACAUUUGACGUACUCCAUCAAUGACCCACAUGGUCCUAACAUGGAGGUCACCUGUAUUGCUUUGGACAGAACAUUUUCCAAGUUGGUGACUGGAGCAUAUGAUGGCUCUUUGAAGAUCUGGGAUUUUGGCUCUGGUCAAAUGGUCAAAUCCAGGAUGACAAUGACUUCCUAUGGACUUAGUGAACUUAGUUUGACCUCCAUUGUGUGCACUAGGAAACGGAAUGAAAAUUUAAUUUUAGCCAGCACUGUGUCCAAAAUUCUGAUUUAUUUGGACUCAACAGAGAGUACCAGGAUAAUACUUAUACAAGAGUUAUCCCACUUGCUUGAGCUUCCCAAGGACAUGGACUACGCAGGGUCUAAUAUUUCUGAUGGAUAUUAUCAAAUCAGUCGAACAGAGCUUCGGGCUGAACGAUCUUUUGGACAGCAGACCUUAUUAAGCAUUCCAAGUGAUUUGACUAGCCUUGAAGAGGAGAAGGAGACAGAUGAGGAGCCUCUACAGGACACACAUUCUGCCAUUGGUACUACUAAAAGGAUAAAUACCCAAUUCCCUGUGACCAAGCUCCUACCUGAUAUUGAGACAUCACAGGUAGGCCAGCUUCCAUCUACUAGUUGUCAUGUGACAUGUAUGACACUUAUAAUGUUUGACCUAAUAGCCACUGGCUACAGCAAUGGUCAAAUUACUAUAUGGGAUGCUGAGAGACUUGUCAUGAAAUCAAAACUAACUUUGCCUUCCCAUGCUAGUCAGUCCAAUGAGCAGGUCAAUGAAAUCAUUGUUAUGAUCUUCAAGCCUAAAUAUCUCAGAAGAUCUACUGCUCAACAAACAGCUAGUCAUCUUUCUGCAUCUCUGGUGGGUCACAGAGCACGACACAGAAGAACAGGUCAGACAGUGCUCCCAGAUCUAGAUCAGCUUUCAUCACAGACAGCUGCCAACACAAUAACAGUCAAUCAGCCAUUGAAUGAAAGUAGAGUAGAGAAACAAUCUGUACACAAGCUCUCACAAGAACUUGAAAAUAAAGAACUAGAAAUGAAAUUUACAGACUCAAAAGAAAAAUCAAAAUUGUCUGAUACCAAAAGUGAGUCUCCUGGUGCAGCCUCAUCAGUUAGCUCUAUGUCAUCUCCUGUGAUGAAUAUAUCAUUUCAGUCUGUACAAGAUCCAAUCAUUGUCUCUGCUCACCAGAGCUCAGUGCUUAGAUUCUGGGACAUGAGUGGAGAACUUCUACUUUCUUUUGAGUCUGUUGAACCUAAAGCCAAGAUUCCUGUUACAGCCUUAUGUUUUAACACCUACACCCAAUAUGUCUAUACGGGCAACACAAAGGGUUAUGUCACUGUCUGGGAUGUGAAACAGUUUCUACAAGAUCCUCACCAACAGGACUCUCACUCUGUCAAGCAAACAUUAUAUUGGAAAGGUCAUUUAAACAAGAUUAACAAUAUAGUGAUUAUAGAAGCUGCAAAUCUUUUGUUAACUACAUCAGUAGAUGGCUCCAUCAGAGUCUGGUUAGCUACAAAUGGAGCAUUCAUUGGAUUUUUUGGCCAAGUCAAGCCAUUAUAUGUGCCACCCUUGGAGAAGCUUCAAAAAAAUAUCAUUUUACCUUUUGAUAUCAAUGAGGGCCCUACACUUACAGCUGAGAAAACUAAAACUGCUCCAAAAAUAAAAAUCAGAAACAAAUUUGAAUUCCCUUUGAUAUUUGAACCUGCCCGGUGGGAACAAUUCAGAAGAUCAGCUUAUAAUAAGGCAAGGGAAGAUAAUCAGAACAAUAUGGAAGAAAAAAAGUUUUUCGGAGCUUUAAUUAAACCAAAGGCAUACAACUCUCAUUUAGAAAGUUACAUAACUGCAGAUCAGAAGGCAGGAGCAGUGUUUCGGUCCUUGCCUGUGUAUACUGUGCCAGAACCAGAUGAUGCCAAACAAAUGGCCAGCACUUUCCACCAGUUUCAAGACCAUGUGGCAUUGUUGGGAACAAAUCAAAUUUUGACAAAGUCCAACAAACGCAAGGCUAAAGAUGGCAGAAAUUCCUUCCUUCCAAAGUUAUCUUCCCUGCAGUCCUGACCUUUGAAUCUUUGCUCUAAGUUUUGUUUAGCAUCAUCAGCAUUAAUAUUUGUAUUAUAGAUUGAUUGAUUCUAUUUACAUUUAGUUUUUUUUUUAUCUUUUGUUUUUGUUAAAGAGAUUAUUGUUUUUAAAGAAACUCCAAGACAAGAGAAUUUAUCCAUUGUCCAUUGUUCAAAGCACUAGCUCUUUCUUGUAAUUCUUUGUAAAACCUUCAGUUCCUAAUUUCUAUUACAGAUUGCCAUUGUACUAUUCAAUAGAUUUGUACAGUUACUUUUAAUGUAAACUUUGAAUCAUUUGAAAAGGUUUUAAGAAAAUGAUUAAAACUUCAAAGUUGAACUUCUUUAAUUAAUAACAAUCAAUCUGUCUAAACAUUGUGAGCAUAUUUCUCUUUAUAAAACUUGUUGUACAUCAAAUUUGUACUUGUGUAGUUUAUAAGGAACAUAGACUCUCAUUUAUAUUAAUCCCCACUUGUACAAAAAAAGAGAUGGGAGUGUACUACUUGACCAAAGUCUGCAUUUCCUUGUCCUCAUUAAAUGUUACACUGCAGAUACCAACAGAACAUAACUUGUAAUACAAAAAUAGAAAUUCUUUUGCACUGAUUCAAUUCUGCAGUCAUGAAUACUUUAGCAUAAAUGGCUAUGAGAAAUAGAUAUCUAGAUUAGAGUAAUAACUGGUGACAUGUUGGGUUCUGUAUAAAGUUAGUAACAAGUUUUGUGAUGUCAAGUCCCAGUCAAUGCCUUGUCCCUUAACAUUUCACUUAUAGUAGUUUAAUGUCCAAGGAUGCCAACACAUAUGUUCAAAUCAAAUAUGCUUUUUAUUAAAAUUCUUAUCAAAUGUU